UACUUUUCUGCAUACUAUUUUAACGUUCUUAAAGGCAAGUUUCUGCAUUGUUGAUGGUGUUUUUCAUUGCGUUUAUAUUUCUAUCCCUGUGGUUUCACAUCAUAAUUUCGUGUAUACUUUGGAUUCUGAAUGUCUGACUUGGGUUCUGUUAGUAUGUUAUCGUUAGUGUCUUAUAUUAGCUUUCAGUGUUCGAUACGUUUGACUAUGGUUAAAAUUUUCUUUUAGUUUUCAAUGGCGUCUUUAUAGAUGGUUAAUGGCACUGUUAUUGCACCUUAGAGCAUAAUGGAACUUCGUUGAUUAUCUUGUUUCAACUUUGGUGGUCUUUGAUAUUCUCCCCCGUUUUGCCUUUUAGAGAUAUCUGGUGGAAACGGUGGAGCUGGAUUGCAAUGGCAAUUGCACUAGGGAAACAUCUAUAGAACAUUUAUUUUCUCCAGAUUCUUCUGAAAUAAACAAUAUUUUUGGAGAUUCACUGGUGAAUCCCCGGAUUGGUGAUAAGUUCCAGGUCAACAUACCUUCAAUAAUAUCUGAAUCUGAGCAUCUGAAGCUGUUGACUAACCCUAAUUAUUCUGAAAUUUUUGAUGUUUCCCAUCCCUUUUUAAUGGGUUUGCCCAUCCCAAUAAUGUGGAUCCAUGAAGAAGCGAAUAACAUUGAAGACAAAGGGUUAGCAUCACCAAAAAUCUCUGAUGAUGCAGUUAAUGUGAGUGAGUCAGAUGCUAGAAAUGGUAAAAAGAAUUGUAUUAAGCUAAAGAAGAAAAGUUUGGAACAUAAUGUUGAACCCUUCCAAUAUGGGUUGGAACAUGGAAGAGAGUCUAGACAAGGAAGGUUUGAAGCAAUGUUGACUGGUAAAAGGAACUUUGAUCAUAUGCAAAGCAAAAGUGGUUAUCCUGUUCCUGGUUUAUCAAGUCACUCUUGGAGUGAUGCUGAAGUGGAUAGUUUUCUCCUUGGUUUAUAUAUAUUUGGGAAGAACUUUUUUCAGAUACAGAGAUUUAUGGAGACUAAAGACAUGGGAAAAAUACUGUCAUUUUACUAUGGGAAGUUUUAUAGGUCUCAUGCACAUCGGAGGUGGUCAGACUGCCGAAAGAUUAAAAGAAGGAAAUAUGUAACUGGACGGAAAAUUUUUACUGGAUGGAGGCAACAAGAAUUGUUAUCUCGUCUGUUUCCUCAUGUCCCAGAGGAAGUUCAAAAUACUUUGUUGGAGGGAUACAAAUCAUUUUCAGAAGGAAGUACUUCACUAGAAGAAUAUGUCACCUUUGUAAAGUCUAUUGUUGGCAUUCAAUUACUUGUGGAAGCUGUAGCUAUUGGUAAAGGGAAAGAAGAUCUCACAGGCUUUGCGCUGGAGCCUGCGAAGAUCAAUCAUGAUAUUCCAGUAUGUCCCAAAUUGCCUACUGGUCAAGCUUGUUCUUCUCUUACAUCCAAUGACAUAGUGCAGUAUUUGACCGGAGGGUUUCGAUUAAGCAAAGCUCGAUGUAAUGAUAUCUUCUGGGAAGCUGUGUGGCCCCGUUUACUUGCAAAAGGAUGGCACUCUGAGCAACCUAAAAAUCUCGGCUACAUAAGUUCUAAACAUUACCUAGUGUUUCUUAUACCAGGUAUAAAGAAGUUCUCUAGAACAAAGCUUGUAAAGGGAGACCACUACUUUGAUUCUGUUAGUGAUGUCUUGAACAAAGUGGCAUCUGAACCAAAUCUUCUUGAGCUAGAUUCUGAAGAAUCUCCUGCUGGAAUUCGGAAUGAAGAAGAUGCAUUGGCUCCAGAAGUGAUGUCGGAUCAGGAUGAGCUAUCUGAUCGUCAACGCCAUUGCUACCUGAAACCCCGAGUUUCUACUGGUGGUCAGAGCCAUGUGAAGUUCACUAUUGUUGAUACCAGUUUGGUUUAUGGUGGAAAGUCAUCAAGCAUAAGGGAACUAAGGCAUUCACCUGUUGAUUUCAAAAUUAUUUCCAAAGAAACCAAUUAUUCAGGAAAAAUUGAAGAGGAUGCUUCUGAGGAUGAGCUGACCGAACAUGAGACUUUUGAAAAACUAUUCCAUUUGGAAAAGGCCAAGCACAAUAAGAGGGUAUCUGAUGGUGAUGAUUCAGAUUGUAUGAGGUUUACUGUUGUUGAUACCAGUCUAGUCCAUGGAGGAAAAUCACCAAAAUUGAGACAAUUGAGAUAUUUACCUACAGCAGUUCAAAGCACAUCUGAGUUGACUGGCCGCUUGAGAAAAACUCAAGGGAACUCCUUUAUGGAUUCAGUGGGCAGGCAUGGGCCAGAUGCUAUUGAUGUUCCAUUAAAUGGUAAAAGGAAAAAUUUUAAAACCAACUGGCAUAAGGAUACACGUGAUGGUGAUGGUACAAAGACAAUAGCCACCAACUCAGAUACUGCUAAGAAAAUGGUGAAUAGUCACCAGGAUCAAAAUGCCAUGAUGGCUGAUGAGAAGCAUUCAGAGAAGACCAUAUUGCACCAAUUCAGUCGGAGAGCAAAAUCUGGCCAUCCAAGUUAUAUAGGUCCUCUCGUCAAACGGAGAAGAUUAACUGCUUGUGCAAAGGCAGAGACUAGCCACCUAACUGAAAAUUGCUCUCGAGGUUUGGGAUCAAAACGAAUGGAAAUCCAUGAGACAGUUAACUCACCCAAUGCAAGCACGAAUGUCAUCUCUUCUGGUCCUCAAGAGAAGGGAUCAUCAAUUACUUCUGUCACUGAAGACAGUCCAGAAAAGAAGAGCAGUUUUGGAAUUCUUGGUGGGAAUUGUGUUGUUGGGCACCUGUCCCAAGAGAUAAAUGAGAAACAUCAAACCCAGGUCUCAUCUAACCUGAACCUACCAGAGGGUCUUCCGGACUCCAGAAACAGUGAAGUGUUAACUAUGGAAGAGGAUGGCGGCCGGGUUAUAAAUAUGGAUAGUUCAUGUUGUCAUAGUGAAAUGAAGAAACCUGUUCCUGGGACAUUGAGGAUCUCUACCGAUAUUGGUAGCUCAGAGCAAGACAUGAACCAUAGGAGGCAAAGCACACGAAACCGACCAUUGACCAUUAGAGCAUUAGAAUCUCUUGAAAAUGGAUUCUUAAAUGUCCAGAGGCGGGCAAAAAGCACAGAAGGUCAAAAACGAGAAAAUCCAUUUUCUAACCCAUCCCGCAAGGCCCGCAGUAGGGUCAAAAUUACUUCAAAUCAUAGUGAUGCCGUUACUGGGCCUCCAGUGUUAAAGGAAGACAAAGACGUAAAGGUAGCUUGCAAUGUCAACAAAGAGAUCGUUAGCAAAACACUGGAUAAAACUGAAGGAAAGUGGCUUGGGGAUUUCCAAAGCUUCUUAUCAUCUUAAGUUUUGUGAUUUUCAUGGAUAAUUAGUCUUGAUAAAGAGCAGAAUUUUCUUGGUCAGCUUGAAAAUUGGGGUUUGUCUGGGACAAACUGAGGAUGCUAGUCAUUCAGUUUCUAAUGGGGCUAGAAAUGUAAAAAUAGUAAUACUUGGAGCACAAGCAAAUGCCAAUCGUCCAUUCACAUCAGAUUGAGGCCAUUUUAACUUUCUGAAUUCUGUUGAGCAGAACAGGUGUUCAGCAGCACCUUGUUGUGACUUUUAUUUUUAUAUAUACAGCGACAAAAGGCUUACAGGGAAAGCUGAGGAAGCACCAAUGUUCAGUUCCAAAUGAGCUAUGGGAGAUUAUUUUGAGGGUUUUGUGCUAAUCAAGUUUCUUUAACUAUCUAGUUACUAGUUAAUGAUUUUCUGUAAUUAAUACAGUUUUCGUGAUGAAUCCUUCUUCUCUCCGUUCCAUAAAAUCUCAAUAUUUUUGUAAUGAAUCAGAACUUUAUUAAUUUUAUGUUAUAUUCUGAUA